AUGCUUAACUUGCAAGUAAGUCGAUGCUUCGUCGACACUGUGGAGCUCGAUGGCACUAAUACAUCAGCAUUUGAAGACGAAGGCGAAUCAAAUGUGACGAGCGGAAACCCGAAUGUAAUCGCUGUCAGGUGUUUGGCGUGCAUCUCCGUGACUUGGAGCCGAAGCCGCGUCUUUUCUACGUCGUUAUGGGAUCGUAUUAUUAUGCAAGCUGCACACGACGAAUCUUAUCUCCGUGAGAUGCUAAUUGCGAUUGGUUCGUUUACUGAAUCCAAGGAUGUCCAAUUGAGGGGGUACGUGGAUGAAGCAGCGCAAAUGCGAGUUUUUGCUGUAAAGAGAUACGGGCUUGCCCUUCGUUCAAUGAGUGUUGGACUUUCGAAGCUCGAAAGUAGCGAAGGCCCGAGGAAGGCUUUGAUUUGCUGUCUUUUAGUAUGUUGUUUUGAGUGGCUGUUGGGAAAUAACUUUACUGCUCUGGUACAUGCUGGUAGCGGUAUUAGAGUACUGCGUCAAUGGUUGAGAAAUUAUAGAGGUAAGAAUUACAAAGCUGGUAUCUGCUCUCCUGAUUCCGGGGUGAUCGAGGAUGAAUUAGUCCAAGCCUUUCUAAGGCUCGACAAACAGGUUGCGACAUUUGGGGAUCCUGGAACAACAAGUGAAGAACAUAGGGAGAUAAUACAUGAGUCAAUUGAAACAGUUCAGAACAUGCCUGGGAUUUUCUCGGACAUGCACGAAGCCCGCUUAUACCUCGAGCUGAUCGAGAGACGAUCAACACAUUUUGCAUAUUUAGCAGCUGCACAUUAUGCCUCUAAGAACACCAAUUCUUCUACGUCGGUUGUCACGAAACGUAGCCUUAAACAGGGAUAUAGUGCACCUGAAAAUUUAGAUAUGGAAGCCCUUAAAUACGAAAUGUCUCAGUCGCUCAUUAGAUGGAAAUCAGCAUUUGAUCUAUUCUGUUCCAACAUUCCACCCUCGGAAACCGAUCGAAUCACGGAAGCAAACCUACUAAUGGCUCAAAGCGCAGCUAUGGAGGUAAUUAUGACUAUUGCCCCAGGCAAUACUAAAGAAAAUCACGAGAGAGCUCUCCCCGGGUAUCGAACCAUAUUAGCCAUCACCGAGAAGAUUCUGGAGGGAACGAAAGAUCAGCGACAAGUUGGAAAUUUCAAAUUCGAACAAGGCGUUAUAAUGCCGUUACAUAUUGCCGGAAAAUGGUGCCAUGAUCGCACAAUUCGCAGAAGGGCGAUAGAUCUUCUAAGACUGUAUAAAAGCAGUGACGGGGAAUCGAUCAGGGAAGGGGUAUGGGAUAGCGAAACUUUCGCGGAGUGGGAUGAGUGUUUCUUAGAAGGAAGGGAUGGCUCGGAGUGGGGAGAUGGCUCGGAAAGAAUUGGUGAUGGACAUAUGCGAAAUGCGGCGAAGGAUAAAAAUCAAAUCUUUAGAUUGAGUAGGCAGGCAAAUUCCGACAGAAGCUCCAGUAGUGGUAGUCCUAGGAGUGACCAGGGCCGGGGAGUAAGUGAUAGUCCUAGGAGUGAGCAAGAACAAGCUAUGGCGGGACGUUUUGUAGAAUUGGGAAAUGUGGAGGGUUGGGUGGAUGAAUUGCCUGUUAGGUCAUCCCCUUGA